AUGUACGAAUUUCUGUACAAGACCGCCGUCUGCGCUUCGAGACGCGAACGUUCCAAGACGCUUGAAUCCGAGAUCAAGGGAGAACCUUCGGCUAAGCGAAGACGAAUUCAAGCAUCAAAUCAAACGUUUUUGUCGAGCGCCUCGCGCACGAGAAUAAACUGCGUAAUGUGUAAAGACAAACGGCAUCCUCUAUUCAUGUGCGAGAAAUUCAAACAGCUGUCGGUACCUAAACGCAUCGAGACGUUGCUAACGAGCGCAAUUGUUUACAUUCGGGACCACAAGCGUAAUCGCAUUAAAUGUCGAGUUCUUCUAGAUACAUGCGCAACCGCGAAUUUUAUUACCGAAUCUUUGGCGAAAUGUUUAAAUGCGCAUGUGACUAAGUAUUCGACGCCCGUCGGCACGAUAAACACCAUGAACACAGAAUCUAAGGGCAUCGUGCAUAUCACCAUUCAAUCGACGCGCGAUGAUUUUUCCAAAGACUUAACAUGUUUAUUAAUACCGACUAUUGCGGAAUUAAUUCCAGCAGAAGUUUUCCCACGCAACGCCGUAAAAAUACCUGCAAACGUUAAUCUAGCGGAUCCAGAAUUUCAUCUACCACGGCCUGUCGACUUAUUAAUCGGUUCAGGGGGGACGCUAUCUCUGUUUUCUGUGGGACAAAUAAACUUGUCAUGCGAAGGCCACGACUUGUAUUUGCAAAAGACGCGUCUCGGCUGGGUAGUAGCGGGCGGCACAACAGCACGAGUUCCAACGAAGCCUGUAUGCUAUUUAUCGAAUCUGGAAAAACAAGUAGCGAAAUUCUGGACAGUUGAGGAGCUCGCAGAACACGCGCCGAAAUCGAAGGAAGAGACCGAAUGCGAAGCUCAUUUCGAGAAAACCGUUUCUCGCGAUAACGACGGGUGUUAUACUGUUCGGUUACCGUUUCGGAAUUCAAAUGUAUUUAUCGGCGAAUCUCGUUCUUUAGCGCUCAAGCGUUUAAUGUCGUUGGAACGUAGACUUAAUGCGAAUCUCGAAUUGCGAGCUCAGUACGAGCAAGCUAUAAAUGAAUACUUGGUACGUGGGCACGCAUCUUUAAUUGAGAAUCCUCGCGACAAUGGCUAUUACAUGCCACAUCACGCAGUAAUCAAGGAUUCAAGUAAUACUACGAAGUUGCGGGUGGUAUUCGACGCGUCGGCAAAAUCCAGUAACGGAUUAUCCUUAAACGAUUUAUUGAUGGUGGGGCCCACAAUUCAGGAUAAACUAUUUUCACAUCUCAUUCGAUUCCGCACUUACAGAUACGUGAUCACUGCGGACAUCGAGAAAAUGUAUUUGCAAGUCUUAGUUCACGCGGAGGAUCGUCAAUUUCAGCGUUUUCUUUGGCGCAGAGAAAACGGCGUGGAAACGUUUCAAAUUAACAAACUCCCAUUCGGAAUUUCCUCCUCACCGUUUCUCGCGACGCGCGUGCUUCAGAAACUCGCCGAUGAUGAAGGCCACGCCUUUCCCCAAGCGGCUCAAGUACUCAAAUCACAUUUGUAUGUCGACGACUUAUUAACGGGGGCUAAUACAAUCCUCGAAGCCCGAAUGAUUAGAGACGACAUCAUAGCAUUAUUAGCUCGCGGGAAAUUUUCUAUAAGGCAGUGGGCGUCUAAUGACAGGUGUGUAGUUGACGACUUGGCGACUAGCGCGUUACACGCAAACCUUGUUUUCAAGGAGGAUCGCGCUUUAAAGACUUUGGGUAUCAUGUGGAGCACGAGCGACGAUAAAAUACAUUAUCUGACAAAUCCCAUUAAAAUUACCGAAAGAAUUACCAAACGAAAUCUGCUCUCAGAUGUCGCGAAGAUUUACGAUCCUUUAGGUUUGUUGAGUCCCAUUGUGCUAUAUGCUAAAAGAUUGAUGCAAAGGGUAUGGCAGUGCGACUUACAUUGGGACGAGUCUAUUUCGCAAGACAUAUACACGGAUUGGUUGGAAUUUGCGCGUCAGUUAGAAAUUGUAAACCGCAUCUCAUUUGAUCGCCAAUUGUUCAUCGAAAGCGCAUCUGAUGUUCAGAUGCACGGAUUUUGCGAUGCAAGUACUGUCGGUUACGGGGCGUGUUGGUAUAUUCGUUCCAAGAGAAAACGUAACGUGUCAGUUAGACUAAUAUCCGCCAAAUCCCGACUCGCUCCUUUGAAAACAAUCACAGUUCCUCGGCUCGAGCUGUGCGGAGCUUUAUUGCUAGCACGAUUAUAUAAGGAGAUCCGUAACGCGCUAAACAUUUCUCCUAGCAAGACGAUUUUCUGGUGCGAUUCCACCAUCGCGUUGCAUUGGAUCAAAACAUCACCCCAUCUCCUCAAGACCUACGUAGCAAAUCGGAUUGCGGAAAUCCAAGAAAUUGUGGGUACUCACGAAUGGCGACACGUUAGAUCCGAGGAUAAUCCUGCAGACGCGGUAUCGAGAGGGCAACUUCCUCACGCCUUUAUCCAAAAUCGUAUGUGGCCCGGAGGUCCAUCGUGGUUGACUUUAGAAGAGGAUCAGUGGCCCAACGAAAUCGCCCGUUUAGUCGAAGUUCCGGAUUUAAAGAAAAAUAUCUGUUUGACGACUACCAUGAACGAUUUUAACAUAGUCGACAAGUUCUCUUCCUAUUCCAAGCUGUGUAGAAUCGUCGCAUAUUGCUUACGUUUGCGCUCUGCCAACAAUUAUUUCGGCUCACUGUGUGCGAAGGAGAUUCACGAGGCCGAGAUUCGAAUAUUAAAACUUCUUCAAGCAACUCGGUUUUCCGACGAAAUCAAAGAACUCAAAAUUAAAGGAUCAACAAACAUCACCACGCGGGCAUACAAACCACCUUAUACGUUAUGCGUCAGAAGUUUUGGCUGCUCGAUGGUCGAAACCAAGUUCGGAAAAUAA